AUGGUGAAGAGGAGAAGAGAAGGGAUGAAAUUAACGGAGACGGAGAUGGAUGUAGCUCAACAUCUGAUGCAUCUAAGCGACGAAGAGAUUAAACUCAACAUAAUCAAGAAGAAGAAGAUUGAGGAAUUAUUCGGUAAAGAUGAUGAAAUUCACCAAGAUCAAUGCAAGCAAGAAAUGGUGAUCAUGAGAGUAAUGUCAUCGACGACGAGGAAGAAGAAGAAGAAGUUUAGGUCGCUUGAGAGCAUUUACAUGGCAACAAGGCCAAUCAGGGUCGUCAUUAGAUGA